UUGACAACGUGCACAGUAACGGUACAGGAGUUAUGCGUGUAUUUUUAGUAGGCCAAGUACUUGAAGUACCGUGAGAGGCGACACAGGCGAGAGUUUCCUCGCCUGGAUGGUGUCGUGAAGUGUGCAAGUGCUUGUUGACAUUCUUUCAGUUCUUUCCACCGAGUGUCGCGAUACUGCAGUGCGCUGCCGAACCAAUACCAGUUAUUUUUCGUCAUCAAAUCAGCGAAAAUGAGUGCCAGACCAUCCAAUGUUGGUAUUGUUGCCAUUGAACAAAUUUUUCCAUCCCAGUACGUUGACCAAUCGGAGCUGGAAGCGUUCGAUGGAGUUUCGGCAGGAAAAUACACUAUAGGCCUGGGACAAUCAAAAAUGGGUUUUUGCUCAGAUCGUGAAGAUAUAAAUUCACUGUGCCUCACAGUAGUGUCGAAACUGAUGCAAAGAAACAAUAUUUCAUAUAAGGAGAUUGGAAGGUUGGAGGUAGGCACAGAAACUAUUAUAGACAAAUCGAAAAGUGUGAAGACAGUGCUGAUGCAGCUUUUCGAGGAAAGUGGUAAUUUUGAUGUCGAGGGUGUGGACACUACAAAUGCAUGUUAUGGUGGCACGUCUGCAUUGUUCAACGCAGUUUCAUGGGUCGAAUCCAGUGCUUGGGAUGGUCGUUAUGCCCUUGUCGUAUGUGGUGAUAUUGCUGUGUACGCGAAAGGUAAUGCUCGGCCCACAGGUGGGGCGGGAGCCGUUGCUAUGCUGGUUGGUGCUAAUGCUCCUCUUAUCAUAGAAACAGGUGCUCGGGCAACAUUUAUGAAACAUGCUUAUGAUUUUUACAAGCCCAACCUCUCUUCUGAAUAUCCAGUAGUUGAUGGUAAAUUGUCAGUUAAGUGCUAUUUAAGUGCACUGGACAACUGCUAUCAGCUGUACUGCAGCAAAGCAGAAAAACAUCUUAAUGGUAACAAGAUUAACUUGGAAUACUUCGAUGCAAUGAUCUUCCAUUCCCCUUAUUGUAAAUUAGUGCAAAAAUCACUGGCACGUUUAAUGUUGAAUGAUUUUAUACGUUCUCCUCAAGAUAUUCUUGCAAAGUAUCCAGGGCUUCAGAAAUUUCAAGGCUUAGAUCUUGAAAACACAUAUUUUGACAGAGACAUGGAAAAGGAAUUCAUGACUUGCAGCAAAAGUGCCUUUGAAGAAAAGACUCUUCCCUCUCUACUGUUAGCGAGGGAAGUGGGCAAUAUGUACACCCCAUCUUUAUAUGGAUGUCUGGUAUCAUUACUUAUAAGUAAAAGUGCUGAACAUCUUGCAGGAAAAAGAAUUGGUCUUUUUUCUUAUGGCUCCGGGUUGGCUUCCUCCAUGUAUUCUGUGAAGGUGGCAGAAGAUAUUUCAGAAGGAUCAUCUUUGAGACACAUUAUUGCUAAUCUUGGUCACAUCAGCACUCAACUGAAAAGCAGAACAUGUGUGUCUCCAAGCGAUUUUUCUUCUAUAUUGGAACUUCGUGAAAAAAAUCAUCAUAAGGCACCAUACACUCCUGAAGGUCCCAUAGAUACGCUUUUUCCAGGAACCUGGUAUUUGGAAUCAGUAGAUGAACUGCAUCGUCGAGUGUACAAAAAGGCUGCCUAAUGUUUGUUUAAAGUAGUAAUAUUUUUAGAAACAUUGCAGUUUUAAAUAUCAAAUAUUUCUCAAUCAGUUCACUGUUUAUAUGAAGUAGUGUACCAUCCCUUGAUUUGUGUUCGCUUGAACUAGCUCAUUGAGAGAGAAACCAAUAGAAGUGUUGCUUAUGCUCUACAUGAUUUUGUGUUUAUCAUGAAGAUGAAAUGGAUUGACAUUUUCUUUUGUGCUCAAGGAAGUUAUUAAGUAAUGUAAAUACUUGGCCGUAUAAAAAUCGCAAUUCAAGAGCAACAAUUCUUCAGCAGCAUUUAGUGUUCAACCAGUAUCACCUGCCAAAGCAUUUAUGAAUCUACUGUGGUGUUCCUGGUUCCUGUCAGUCACCCGUGCAGCAAUCCAAUUUGGUUGAUCUUCACUGUUCCUGAUGUGUUGCUUAUGUGCUAGCAACAAACACAGAAUUUUAAAGUAUGACAUAAGAGUGGCAUUAUCUUAUUAUCUCUCUUUAAUGUUUUGUUUCUGUACCUGCACGUCUCAUUUUCAGUUUGUACUAAUAACGACAUAUAAUACCAAAGAGUGAGAUUGAGAUCAGGGUUAUCUUGAUGUCACAAUUGACUUUGUGUGCUUAACAGAGCAUCUUCAUCAAUGGACACUGCAGUAGAAGUGGUCAUUAUUCAUGUAAUCAGGUUUAUAUUGUACUACAUUCCAUAUAAAGCAGCCUCGACCUUAUCACUACACAUGUACUAUAAAGAUUUCUUCUGUGUGUCUAUGGUUAAUUGCUCAUUUCAUCUUUACAAUAGGGAUUGCAAAAGGAAAGGGAGGAUAGAUGCACAUAUUUGAAUAUGGAAAAUGUGAUUGUAGCUGGUGACCUUCUAAAUGUUUAAAUCUAUUUUGUAUUUUUUUUUUUUUUUUAGAUUUAUUGAUGGGUGGGUACUGUGUGUCACCUCCUGUAAUAUAACUGGAGGGUUCUGCGGAAGAAAGUGCUAACAUCCAUAUAGUAAGGAUUAAACGAAUAACUUUAUUUGUUGUGUUUAUGAAGUUGUCAUAUGCUGAUAAGUUGCGCUUUCACAGGAAACUUCCUGGUAGAUUAAAACUGUGUGUUGGACCUGGACUCGAACCUGGGACCUUGUGUUUUGCAGGCAAGUGCUCCACUGGCCGAACUAUCAGAGUCCAACUGUCAUCCCACCCUCACAAUUCCACAUGUCAGUGCCUCAUCUCCUACCUUCGACUUCAUAGGUGUUUACCUGAAUAUCUGGAAGAAAGGAUAUAUUUUGAGACAGGUCUGCAGCUAAACCAUAUUUCUGCAAUAUCAUUUCUUCCAGGAGUGCUUGAAGUUCGGAAGUUAGGAGAUGAGGUACUGACGGAAGUUGAGGUGUGUGGGUUUUAAAUCGUGUUCAGAAAGCUGUCGAUAGAGCCUGUGCCCACAGAAGGCAAACAUCCCAGCUUCGAGACCUGGUUUGGCGCACAAUUUUAAUCUGGCAGGAGGUUUCAAUUCAGUGCACACUCCACUUCAGAGUAAAUAUUUAUUCUGGAAAGUAGUUCCUUGUGUAUCACUAGAAAAUACUAUCUGGUUAGAUAAAUUGUUGAAUCUAACCAGACAUAUCUUAUGCCAUAUGUCAAAAUAAAUUCUUUUGAAGGAGCACUUUUUCCACUGACCCCAUCAGUUAUUUGUUAUUCGUCACUAUUUUGUUUUCUUUUUCAAUACCGAGUAUUUAGAAAGUACAGGAAUAAUUGUGGUUUUAGCCAUUUCUAUGAGCCAGAUCUUUUUUGAACUUCUGGUAUUAAUGUCAUAUGUCGUAAACAAACAAUGGAAAUUCCAGUAUGGAAUAACAGAUUGCUAUUCACCACAUGGAGGAGAUGUUGAGUCACAGGCAGGCACAAUGAAAAAUAUUUAAGCUUUGGGACAAAAUACCCUGUCUUCCAAAGGGGAACACACAGGCACAUUCAAACAAGUGCAAGAGUGAAUGUGUGUGUUUCCUACAUUGGAAGUAGAUGUUUGUCUGAAAGCUUAAAUAUUUGGAGGUCUUUUUCAUUGUGCUUGUCUAAGAGAACCAAUUUGUCAUUUCCAUAUUGUUGCCUUAGUUACUAGGAUAAACUUUUUUACUUUUUUAAUGAAUGUUAUCUUUCAUGUGUCAAAAAUUUCCAUGAGCUGUAAUGAAUUAUGAAGCAACCUUCUUUUAAUGCUCUAGUAAUGUCACAGCACACACAGAAAUGAUUACUUUGAUUACAUUUCUUAAAGGGCAGAGAAAACAGUGAAUUAGAUGUUAUCCAUUAGUGAGUAAAUUGUUUGCUUGAUAGUAACAUUUGGCUAGACACUUCUAAAGAAGUGUGGAUUGUCAAUGUGCAGCAGCGAAUUGGUUUUACCUCACCUAAGCAGCUAAAAGUAAUCUAAAGAAAGAAGGGGCAGGAGGAAAGGUGGGGAAGGGGGGUAGAGUUUAUAGGGAAAGUUUUAUCGUAAUUAGUUCUCUGCUCAAGCCAUAUUUAAAACUUUCCUCACAUUUAUGAAUAACUGACAUUUGCUUACCUUUACCUUUGAUGGGUUGUUCACCUGUCUUUACUUCACUUGACUUUUCUGUGUUAUGGUGCCACUAGAUACUUUCGGCCAAGAAUUUGUAUUUCUUGUAGACUUUUUUCUUUUUCUUACCCUUCUCUGAUAGUGGGUAGUUCUCUAACCUAAAUAUCUGCAAAUGAUAGUGUUUCCAGUCAUUGAAUUGGUCAUGUAUUACAAAAUUUAUUUUUCAUAAGAGAGAUCUCUGCACAAUUUUAUGCUUUGUUUAAGCAACAUUAUAAUGCAGCUAUUUGCCAUUUACUGUAAGUACUAUCUGUACUAUCUGUAUUCAGGCUGUCACACAUGCCCCCCCCCCCCCCCCCAAAGUUCAAGUGUAUAUGUGUAUGUACAGUUACAGUUCCUUUUUGAAUACUUGUGCUGUGUGGAUUCUACUUGUUGCAUGAUUGGCAAGGUGGUGAGAAGCCUUUCUGCUGAAGUUUAUAGAAUUGCAUCGGUGAAUAAAUGUGAAAAGCUCAUUGGGUUGUUCAUGUUGUAGGGUUAAUGAAGUGCCUUCAAUUUGUUAGGUUAUGCUUUCAGAAAUCUUAGGGAAGAAAGUGUUGUGCCUUUGAAAGAUGAAGUAUAGAAAUACGAAAAACUGAAGACCUUGUUUAACAUGAUUUUAAAAACCCUGCAAACCUGUACAGAUAAUAUAACGGAUUGCAGUACUGAAUAAGAGGAUGUGGGCAUGUUUCUCUACAUGAAGCUCAUUAUGUGCUUCACUCUGUUGCAGUGCCCAUUCCUCACACUGUUCAUUACUCACGAAUAUGUCGUUAGUGUUUUAUUAAUAAUGCGUAGCUUCUUUAACAAAGAACGAAUUCAGUUCACAUGGAAAUCCAUCAAGAAUUGCCGUAAUGUUCAACUGAAGUGUUUGCAAUACAGUUAAAUGAAAUGCACAAAAUGGGUUGUAGAGUUGUAUAAUUCUAUUUUAAACAAGUUGAAAAAAAUUGAUUAUGGUAUGGAAGGUUCUGGCAGUAUUUAAAUGAUGCAGGAGGGAAGAAAACAACUCUCCGAAUAGCAGAAGUGUUGAAUUGUUGACAGGCACACAAAAAGAAUGAAAAAUUGGCUAACUUUCGGACGUGAACCCUUUUACACACAGACACCACACACACACACACACACACACACACACACACACACACACAAA